AUGGUCUCAAUAUUAAAGGCUCCACUCACUCCUCUGCUCUACCUCGGUCGCCGAUUUCGUCAAGAUCAAGACUGGACCUACCGACAGGCCCUAUCAAACACGUUCAUGAAACUUUUCCUCCGAGUCUUCGUAGCCUUCCGCAUCAAACCACCCUUGUCCCUCAAACCAGGCUUAGAAGGGGACCGUUUCGUCUCAGUUGAACCAGCCCCAGAAGAAAUAUAUACAGGAAUUACAGUCGACGAAGAAAUCCACCCAGAAACUAUAGGCGGAACUUGGUUCCCAACAGCCUAUUCCUACAACACAACAACCUCCUCUGACAAACACAUCAUCCUCCACUUCCACGGCGGCUCCUAUAUCCUCGGCGAUGGCCGCACAGCAUCCUGCAAGUUCCUUGCACACAAUCUCCUAACCCACACCCCUUCCAGUCACGUCUUCAGCCUCCAAUACCGCCUAGCCUGCAACCCUAACAGCCGCUUCCCCGCCCAACUGCAAGACGCCAUAACUGCCUACUGCUACCUAACUCACAGCCUUCACAUCCCCGCCUCACGCAUCGUCCUCAGUGGCGAUUCCGCAGGUGGCCAUUUAGUCCUGGCCCUUCUCCGCUACAUAGCAGACUACGACGACGAGAAGAUCCUCCCAUCACCAGCAUGCAGCUGGCUCUUCUCGCCGUGGUGCGAUAUCCCAAGUGCGAGAAAUACAGGACUAUGGAACAACCUGCCAAACGCAGCGGUGGAUUAUAUCCCGCCCUCGUUCCCGGCGUGGGGAGCCAAACAUGUCAUCGGCAACCAGGAACUAAAUAGGGCUGUUGAGCCUUAUCUAGCGCCGCUUUGGCAUCCUUUUACUUUGCCUUCGCCUGUGCUUGUUGCGACUGGUGGUCGUGAGGUCAUGUGUCAGGAGCAUGAGCGGUUGGCUAGACAUUUGCAGAAAUUGCCGCAGAAUGAAGGCCGCGUGGAGUAUUUUGUGCAGGAUACUUUGCCGCAUGAUAUUUUGAUGGUGGCUUUGAUUAUGAAUUUUAGGAAGGAGGCUGCGCAGUGUGCUGAGCAUGCUGGUUGCUUUUUAGCGAAGCUUCAUGCUAUGUCUGAUGAGAGUGAGGUUCCGGUUUUGGCGUUUGGUGAGUGA